ACCCGAUGUACCAAAUGCAGAGCCAACCGGUGCCCAAUCAGCCCCAACAGAUGCACCACAUGUCCGUUCAGUCGCAGAACAAUUAUGGCGGACCGCCGCCUAACAUGUCGUUCCAGAACCAGAUGUCGAUGCAGGGUAUGGACCAAUCGGUGCAAAUGUCUGGACCAACAGGUCAUCCGCCACCAGUCUAUCAGCACCCGCAGCCGUCUCAGAACCCUAUGAUGAUGAGGGCGCAGAUGCAAUCACAGCAACAAAUGGUUGGCCAACAGCCCUCCCAACAAUUUAUGCCUCAAAGGUCUCAAUACCAGACAAUGCAAGCGGCGCCUAAUGUAACCAUGGGACAAAUGGGGUCUAUGGACAACCGGCCCAACAGUUUCAAUCAAAACACUAAUAUGCAGUCAAUGGGCAACACUGGAGGACCGCAUAUGAAUCAGUGGCAAACCAGUGGACAGCGACCGCAACAAGUAGUCUCACAAUUGCAGAGA